UCGUCCUACGCAGCAAGCGACUACACCAGAUGCUGCGCUAAUGUGUCGGCCGUUUACCUGACAGGCCUGGCCGAGGUCUGAGCCGUUACCCACGGGGAGACAUUUAUUUCUUCAUAUGGGAGAAGCAUGCGGGAGAUGGUCGGAGGCUGCUGCGUGUGUUCAGACGAGCGGGGCUGGGCGGAGAACCCGCUGGUGUACUGCGACGGACACGGCUGCAGCGUCGCCGUUCACCAAGCAUGCUAUGGCAUUGUCCAGGUUCCCACCGGCCCAUGGUUCUGCAGGAAAUGUGAAUCUCAGGAACGAGCAGCACGAGUAAGAUGUGAGCUGUGUCCCCAUAAGGAUGGAGCCCUUAAAAGGACAGACAGUGGUGGCUGGGCCCAUGUUGUGUGCGCGCUCUACAUCCCAGAGGUUCAGUUUGCCAACGUUCUCACCAUGGAGCCCAUCAUCCUACAGUAUGUCCCACAUGAGAGAUAUCUGAAGACGUGUUACAUCUGCGAGGACCAUGGGAGGGAGAGCAAGGCGGCCUGUGGCGCCUGCAUGACCUGCAACAGGCAGGGCUGCAGGCAGGCUUUCCAUGUUACCUGCGCCCAGAUGGCGGGUCUCUUAUGUGAGGAGGAAGGACCAGAAGCUGACAACGUUAAAUAUUGUGGUUACUGCAAGCACCACUACAAUAAAAUGCAGAAGAAAUUGCGCUCCAGUGAAAAUGCAAGCAGCUCCUUCAGUCAUUCCAGGGGGCGCUCCAGUUCUCCAUCACAGGAAAAACAUCAUCACCAUAAACAAAGGAAGAGUCAUAAAGACAAGAUCCGUCAAAAAGAGCGGCACAAGAAGUCUGCUGACGACCUGAGCUCCCCCUUAACAACAAGCAUUAUAGAAAAGAUCCCCUCCUCGCAUCAUAGCAGCAAGGACAGCGAAGGAAAGUCAAAGAAGCUGAGCUCUCACAGUCAUGGCCACCGCAUUAAGAAAACAGGAAGCCUGGGAAAAAGCUGCUCUUCCUCCUCAUGCUCCUCCAGCCCAUUUAACACAGGCGGAUCACUGUCAGCAACUCAGGAUUUUCAUCAGUUCUCAUCUUCCUCCCGCUUGGAACGCGAGCACGACCGUGGAGGCGAUGACCACAAUGGAGAGAAGCGUAAGGAGCGUCACAGGAGGUCUGCAGUGCAGGAGGAGGAGGAAGAGGAGGAGGAGGAGGAAGAAGAAGAAAAGCGUGAAAAAUAUGAAGAGGAGGAGGAAGAAGAAGAGGAGGAGGAGGAGGAAGAUUGUAAAUUCCAAAAGCCGCCCGCAUUGACCCCUGCAGAUUGUCCCCUGGCAGGGUCUCAAAGUCAUGAGCGGACGGAGAGCAACUCAAGCCCCUUCGAGAACAAAGUCACCAUCUCCACCUUCGGCUCAAUCAUGCGCAUCACCUCCUCCUCAGGGCUGGGCAGCACCUGUAAAAUCCGCAAAAUCUCUUCCUCAGGUGACUACAAGCCCUCCAAAUCCCUCUCCAAGCCACCUCAGGUCAGCGUCCCUCCUGUAUUGGAGGACGCUGGCCUGAAAGACAAGAUCACACCCCCACCGCUGCCCAGAGAGAGGAGGCACCACAGUAACAAGAAGAGCCGCCAUGGCCCAGGUCGCCCGCGGGGCAGCAAGAACCGAGAGCGGAGGGAGGAGGACCAUCACCACCAUCAUGACUCCACAGCGCCGCCUCCCCCAGCCUUAAGCUCUUCACUCUACCAGAGCCCAUCAUCUGUGCCCCACCCUGCUUUCCCCUCCACUCUGCCUUCCACAUCUUCCUCUACAGCCUCCUCCUCCUCUGCAAGGAGUUUUUCUGCAGGUCGCAGCAGCUCUUUGCUCGGCUCCGGUAUCUACUCCAGUCUUAAGGACCCACUCACACUGGGUGGUGGAGUCUGCAGCACCCCUCUCGCCCUCAGUGGAGGAGUCUGCAGCACCUCCUUGUCCCAUGGAGGGACAAUGUGUAGCACUCCUCUUUCCUCAGGACUCCUUUCAUCCCAUGGCUCCUCACUGUCUCUUCCGUCAGUCUCAAACACACAGGUUCAUUCCAGUUCAAGCACCUCCUAUAGUCUGAACUCCUCUCAGCCGUUUACCGGCUGUCUCUCUACGGCAUCGACGCUGCCGCCUCUACUGAGCCAAGGCCAGACCUCACUGCCAGAGUCCGACAUUGAUGACUGCCGCUUCCAGUGUCAGGGAAACUCACCCAGAGAGAGUCUCUCCUCACAGUCUCCCAUGAGCUGUCUUCCUCUUCUGUUUGACCAGAGAGAUGGGCUGGGCUCUGGGGUCAGAGUCCGUCCUGAGAACGUCCCUCCUGCAAGCUCCCACAUCGAACUGCUGUUGGAGAAACAUGGAAAUGGAGAGAUGGGAGUCAACAUUGUGGAGAUGUUAAAGUCACUGCACUCGCUGCAGCAGGAGAACCAGCGCCUACAGGACCAGAUCCUCAGCCUGACGGCUAAAAGGGAGCGGCUGCAGUUGCUCAACACAGAGCUGGCCUCUCCUUUUCAGCCCCAUAUUCUCUCCGGACCGGGCCUGCACUCAUCCGCACAGAUCAGCUUUCUGUCAUCCUCUCAAGACCCCUUGAGCACCAAUAAGAGUCCUCUGUCCAAAAGCUGCUUCCUGAAUGACUCCUCCUUUGUUACUUCAUCAGAGGAGCUUCACUCCGGCAGCCCGUCCCGUAGCAGUUCCUCGCUCUCCUUCCAGGGAACCCCUCCUCCUCAGCCGAGCCCCGCCUCUCUUGGCCAGCCGCUGCUGAACGGUUUGAGCAGAGGGGCGACAGACAGUCUGGCCGGCAUCAGUCAGUCAGGCAGCACCACUCUGCCAGUGGUGGGUGGGCUCAUGGCGUCCAUCACAGGGAGUCCCCAGCUGAACAUGAACGGCGUGCUCGGCGGGCUGAAUGGCGUGAUCCAGUCUCCUGCACAGGGUGCUCAGCAGCCAGCGCUCCCUGCCCUUCGCCCCCAGCCUCCGCCGAUCAACCCCCAGUCACUGGCUCAGGGCUUCCAGCUUCCCAAGAACGUGAGCCCGUCUUCUCAUCUGACUGAGCAGCAGAAGCAGCUUCUUCUCGAGCAACAGCAGCAAUUCCAGCAGUUCCUCGCCUCACACAACUUCACAACGGAGCAGCAGGCAGUGAUCUACCAGAUGCUGCAUCAACAGAGACAGAGGGAGCUGCAGCGCCUCACGCUGGCCGGAGCGCUCAGCUCAGCCCCUAACUCACCCAUGAUCUCCCAGUCGCCCAACCUGCUGUCCUCAGCGACAGCAUCUCCCCUGCAGGGCGGUCCAGGAGGUGGUCUCUUUGGACUGCAGGACAACGUGCUCCACAAACCCGGGACAGGAGAGAAGCCAGGAGACAAGAAUGGAUGAUCCCGUAGCUUCUUGUCCAGUUCGGAUGACAACAUCCUGCCGCAGUCGCGGAUUUCUGUGAAGAUCUGGACUUACUAGACUCUCCGUCUUCUGUCAUCGUCUUCUGACAAACUUAUAUGAAUGUAAAACGUGACAUUAAGGUGAAGUUUUGUGUUUCAAAGCCUUUUAAUAUCAAAGGGUUCAAUGUUUUUUUCCUUUUUUCUUUUCUUUAUUUAGGCAGCUUUUAGAGAGCAUGAUUAUGGUGGUCUCUUCUUUAAAUUGCACUAAUUUGUUAGCUCAACCAAUAGGGGCUGCUUAUGAAGCUCAUGGCUGCAGGAGCUAGAUGAGCUCCUUUUUGUGACGUUUGAUCUGAAGGUCUAGAGACUGGCUCUGACUUCUCCAGCCUGCGAGGAAAACAGACUUCUGACACUUCUAGGAACCUCAGCUGUCUUCCUCCAUAUAUAUUUCGUCUUCCUGUUUUGUUUUGUUUUUUUCAGUUCCUUCUGCAUCCUUUGAACCUUUCAGCAUCUCGCUGGCACUUAUAAAGUAUAAGAUGUAGUCAAGUUGGUGUGUCGUCUGUGGUGUUUCUCCAUGAAGCUAGUUAUUACCUCAAACUUUCCGCCCGCUGUCCUCCGGUUUGAUUUUGUGCAGCAGCCUUUAGUGGAUAGGAACGGCCUCCCUAAAAAAGCUGCGCUGUUCACUCAUUUUAAUGUAAAAAGACUGGCCGUCAAUCGUAGGUGGUAACGGCUUUUGUUCCAUCCCAUUAGAGUUCCUGCCAUCUUUUAUAUAAUUCUAGUUGCUGUCGAGAUUAAGCAGAUGAAACCAAACAUUUGGAACGGAAGUCGUUUUUCCUGAACGAAUGUGCACUUUGCAUGUUCAGACUUAAGGACGUUUAGUAGGCCACCACAGACUGAAGAGGUUUAUGACUUGUAUUUUGCACUCUUGUCCUGAAGUUCUUUGUGUUACCUUCCCACAUGGAUAACUCUUAACUAGCUCUUCUUUUAGCAAUACUGGAUAGAUAAUGCCUUAAUGAGUAAGGGGUAGAUCUACGGGGAGGGGCCCACAGGCCCUGCCCCGUCCUCUCGUCUUUGAUGGGUUUUGUUUUUAUCUCUGGCACAUGGAAAGGGUUUUUUUUAAUGGUUUGUUUCUAAAUAAACUUCUUAGACUCAUUUCUACUUUAAAUGUGUGAAUAACGUUAAAGUGUCAAAUCAUUUUUCUAUUGUGACUUUUGUGUUCAGAUUCAGAGCUCUUAAGUUUAUUGUUGUGCUUCAGAAGACUGAGAAACGAUGAUUUGUAGCACAUGUUGCAGUCAUAGGAAAGAGUUGAGCUCUCAAUACAGCAGAGUUUGAUGCGUAAUGUGACUGUUAUCAGCACUGAGACGACAGUGAAACCCCAACUUAGGGGCCGACCUUCUCCCUCCACUCUUGAUUCUUCAAGUGUAGCCUGUUUUUCGUUUUACCAAAAGAUCCUGUUUCCUUUGUAUUUAGUUUCCUAAUGGUUCUGUUUGCAAACUGUUAUAGUUUGGCUUAUUUCAAAGAAUCAAGCAACUUUCUACUUAGAGAGACAGUGCCUUGUAAAAAUAUUCUUUCCUCUUGAACUUUAUCAGAUUAUCUGAAUUCACUAGCAAAACUAAUUUUUUUCUUUGUUUUUUCGAUAGAUCAACACAAAGUAUUGCACCAGUGUAAUGUAGACGGAAAGAAUUAAUUGUUUAAUUUAUUUAAUUACUCAUUAAGCAAUCUGAAAAAUGUCUGGCAUGCAUUUCUAUUCUGACCCUUUGAGUUAAUGCUGUGUAGAACCGGCUUUUUCUUCCGGUUAAAUCGACUGGUGUUUUGGAGGAAACCUGUUUUGUUCAUCUAAAGACAAACAUUCUUGUCCAUUUUUCUUUUUAAAAUAUUUUCUUUUUCAUUUGGAGCAUCAAAGUUUUGGCUUUUUUGUGAAUAUUAGUUGAACUGCCUGCCCUGCCUGAGCUGUAAAUCUCUGCAGCUCUCCCAGCAUUAGCUUGAACCUCUCAGCUGCCCCCUCCUGUAAGUUUAUGUGGAUAAGUGCCCUCUUCAGAUAAUGGAUUGAACAAAGGUCUGUGAGAUUUUCAAAGCUUUGAAUAUUUUAUUUAGAACUAAAAUCUCUUCAAAACUUUCCCCCCCCUAAAGGACCACACCACUACUGGAGGAGGUAGUAAAUACAGCUUUUUGCAACUUUAUCAAAGCUUCUCUGUGCUGUUUUAGAGCCUUGGCGAUUUCUGCCCUGGAGUUUUUCCACAAUCUGUUAAUAGUGAUGAUAUUUAUGAGCUAAAUCACAGGAUGUCUCCAGACGUUUACAUUUGCAAACCCUCUCCACAUAGUUACAAACUUACCUAGGUGCUCCGUGUGGAAAUUCUGUCAGCACAGAUUCCACACGGAGGGGCGUUAAGGCCCAAAACGACAAUCUGGCUGUGCGGACUUCGCUGCCGCAUCAAGCCUAAACCGAGUUUUAAAUUUAAGCUGUGCUCCUCGGUCUUCAGUAAGUUUUUUUUUUUUUCUAUGUUCUUUGACAAACCCUCAGAGACUUACUUAAAACUGCUCACCUAUAGACCAGCACCUAUCUACCAAUAUGUUUACUUUGAGUAAGUUUUUUCCUAUUAAUCAGCAGGGAAAAUAAUUGCAUGCCACACUUUUCAGCUGUUUUUUUUUGUGCAAAACAGAAUUAUUAACUGACUCAUAUUCUUUCCAUUUAAUAAAAUGCAGCUUUGUGUUGGUCAGUAGCAUUGAAAUCUUCAUUAAAACAUGAAGGUCUGUGGUUGUAACACAAUGAAACGUAAAAACGUUUAAGGAUCUGAAUACUUUUGCCAGGCACUUUGUGUACCUGUAGCAGUGACAGAUGUUAAUUAUGAUGACUGCGAGAUGGAGGUCUGUCAUUUAAAUGAUCUUCCUCUGAGCCUUGAAAAUGUUUGGACUCAAAGAGUGGAGCAAAGGUUUCCUGAAGCGGUUUCUCUGUCAUGUUGCACUGGGGCCUUUUGAGCCCAAAUGUAAAUUGUUUUUUUUUUUACAUUUGUUUUAUUAUUAUUUUAAAUGCCGUUGGGGUAAGACUUGUAAAGUUCAAUAUGUUUGUGUAAGAACACAUUCAUUCCUUUUAAGCUUUGAGGUAUUGGUAACAUAUUCAUGUUAUGAAUGUCGUACUGUGUAUCUUUUAUGUAUUGCAACAUUUAAGCACCUGGCUCUAGAUGAGACUUCAGCUAUUAGGAUAUGAAUUGCAUGAAAUUCAGAGAUGUCUCUUCAAAUGUAUAGCUAAAUACCAAGUGAUAACUAUGCAUCAUAUAAAAUGCAUUGUUCCCUGAAUUAAGAAAGGAAAAAAAAUGAAAUGAGCACUGAAUUAUAGGAAGCAAAGCACGUCGACAUCGUUGUACAGUGAAUUUGUUGGACAGAACUGAAAGAAACAAAUUGACAAUAUUUCAAAGCCCUGUAAAGUAUUUUGAUAUUUUUGUGUGUAAAAUUAAAAGACAACCUUUUUUGGUCAAUAAAUG